UUUAUUUCGUAAGUUUAUUACGACAUAAAUGUAUAUUAAAUUUGAUACAUGGUUUCUAUUAAAAGUAAUAUUUGUUACAGGUUCCUUGUUUAAUACCGCUCUAAUUCUACCUAAAUACAACUUCACUGGCUUAAAAUCCAUUCAUACUGGAUCAGUCUACAAUGCUGCUCGUAAGGGAACUAGAGCCAAAGCUCGUGCGAAGAAAGUUAAAGUUGAAAUCACAAAAAUUGGUUUCAUACCACAUAACCAAAGAGGAAAAAAUAAGGUAACUCAAGUACAUGUGAACAAGCAUUUAGAUGAUUCGUUCAAGAUGGAAUCUAAAGAUGAUGUAUACCCCAUGCGGUAUUACCGCUGGAUUACAUAUUCUACUGAGGACGCUAUCAAGGCCCACAAGGAGACUCACGACCCCACUAUGUAUAAUUCUUUAGAUUCAUUUGUGUUCGCCCAAAUAGAAUUUAAUAUGGAAGCUGUUAAAAAGAAUCGUUAUAUAGAGAACAUAGUGCGUCUAACUCUGCUACCACACAACUUUCCUCGUGAUGAAGAAAGAACAAUCCUGGCAUUCUGCAAAGGACCCGAGCUGAUCAAGCAGGUUGCAGAGGCCGGUGCCACGACUGCUGGUAGCACGGAGCUAGUGAAGAAAAUACAGGAAGGUGAAAUAAAACUCGGCGAUUAUGACUACGUCAUAGCUCAUCCAAACAUCAUAACUGAUCUCGUACCAAUACGUGGUCUGAUGAAGAGACGGUUUCCCAAUGUACGUUCCGGUACUUUAGAUCCUAAUAUAUGUGACCUAGUGAGGAAGUUUUCUGCGGGCAUCCAAUAUAGGGUCACUAAAGAUGAGCAUCAGCAAAACUUUGGUUCCGUUGAGGUCCCCGUUGGUAGGUUGAAUAUGGAGACUAAGCAAAUAGUAGAAAAUGUCGAUGCCCUAUUGAAGGACAUACAAUCAAUAAGGCCGAAACGAGACGGACUCUUUAUUACAAGGUGUUUCCUAGUGAGUCCCCCGUCCCCAGAGAAGCUCAAGAUAGACCCUUUCAACCAUGUGGAACGUACUUUGCCUAAAGAGGUCCAGGCAGACAGUGACGAUGAAAAAGACGUGGUCGCAGCUACAGCUUGAAUUAUUGUUAUGUUAGAAUAGUUGCUAAUAAAAGUUAUUAGUAUU